ACCGAUUCCCCUCGUUAUAAAUGCAGUAGAACCACCAUUUCCAAGCCAACCACAACAUACCAUGUCUACCUGCAUCCCCUUCGACUCCCUCUCCCUAGACCCCAAUGGCCCUCCCGGCAACGCAUGGGGCAGAUUCGGUCCCCAAGACGAACUGGGCAGUCUGAAUCUCCUCACUCCGGCCGUGAUUGUCCAGGCAGCCCGUGAGAUCCAGACCGGAGUGCGCAUAUCGCUCGACUGGCCGUUGAGCAUGCCCACGUAUCCGAGUUUCGGGCGGAGUCCGAUGAAACAGGAGAUUGUGCCUCAGAAGACGAACUGUAUCAAUGAUGAUAUUUUGACGUUCAACUCGCAGGGGUCAACGCAGUGGGAUGGGUUUCGGCAUUAUGCGAAUCAGAAGAUGAAGCGGUUUUAUAAUAAUCAUACGCAGGAGGAGAUCGAGACGUCGGAUGUGAUUGGUCUUCAUGUUGUCGCCGACGCUGGAGGAAUCACCGGCCGUGGUGUCCUGUUGGAUUAUGCCAGCUGGGCUGAAUCCAAGAAUAUCACCGUUGAAGCACUAUCAUCAACAGCAAUCACCAUCGCCGAUAUCAAACAGCUAGUCAAAGACUACAACAUCGACUUCCAUCCUGGUGAUAUUCUAUUCGUCCGGACUGGAUUCACAGCUGCAUAUAACAAGCUCUCCGACGAAGAAAGAAAGGCACUCGCAAACAGACCAACGCCAGACUUUAUCGGUGUAGAGGCAACGGAAGAGACGCUUCGUUGGCUGUGGGGGCAUCAAUUUGCUGCCAUCGCGGGAGAUUCGACAAGUUUUGAACGAGCGCCGAUUCGAGGCAGCCAUGCGGAUCCUCGAUAUAAUCUUCAUGAAUGGGUGUUGGCUGGCUGGGGAUGUCCGAUUGGUGAACUGUUCGAUCUGGAGAGGCUAUCGCAACAUUGCAAGGAGACAGGGAGAUAUUCAUUCUUUCUAUCCAGUAUGCCACUAAAGGUCAUUGGAGGAGUCGCAAGUCCCCCCAACGCAUUUGCCAUCUUCUAGUAUAGAUAAUAUCUACAAAAGAAAUUCACCCUUUGUUUUC